CCAUACUUGUCUCGUAGCUCUGCUCUUACUCCUUCCCCUCUCGAUCGUCGUACGCAAGUAAGUCUCUUCCCCUUCCUAUUGUUGCUCGAUCGCUUUUUCCCCACUGAUUCUUCGUAGCCAUUGGUUGGUCGAUGCUGUUCCGGCUGUGAGUAGAGUGAUGCCCGUGUGUUGAUGAGAGUAGCGAGGAUGGGAACGUCGUUCAGGCCUGUCACGGCUGCUCUUUUGCUUUGCCUCCUCCUGCCUUUAGUUUUUGCUGCGCCCAAUGAUGGGCUGGUCAGGAUUGGAAUCAAGAAGAGAAAGUUUGAUCAGAACAAUCGUGUUGCUGCCCAGCUGGGGUCUAAGGAAGGAGAGUUGUUGAAUUCUUCUGUCAGAAAGUACCGUUUCCGUGGGAAUUUGGGGGAUGCGGAGACCGACAUCGUGACUCUGAAGAACUACAUGGAUGCUCAGUACUUUGGUGAGAUUGGCAUUGGCACUCCCGCGCAGACUUUCACGGUGAUAUUCGACACUGGUAGUUCUAACCUGUGGGUGCCUUCUUCCAAGUGCUAUUUCUCGCUUGCUUGCUAUUUCCACCCCAAGUACAAGUCAAGUAAAUCAAGUACAUACAAGCAGAAUGGAAAAUCUGCUGCUAUCCAGUAUGGAACUGGUGCUAUUUCUGGCUUCUUCAGUGAGGAUAGUGUAAAAGUUGGCAAUAUUGUUGUCAAGGAUGUGCAAUUUAUUGAAGCAACAAAGGAGCCGGGCAUCACAUUCUUGGCAGCUAAAUUUGAUGGUAUACUUGGGCUUGGGUUUCAGGAGAUCUCUGUCGGAAAUGCCGUCCCUGUCUGGUAUGACAUGAUCGAGCAAGGACUCAUCAAUGAGCCUGUUUUCUCAUUCUGGCUUAACCGCAAUGCUGAUGCGGAGCAAGGGGGUGAACUUGUUUUUGGUGGUGUGGAUCCUAAUCACUUUGUGGGUGAGCACACAUAUGUCCCCGUGACACAGAAAGGGUAUUGGCAGUUUGACAUGGGUGAUGUUUUGGUUGGUGGAAAGUCUACUGGAUUCUGUUCUGGUGGUUGUGCAGCCAUUGCUGACUCUGGAACAUCUUUGUUAGCUGGACCAACGGCAAUUAUUGCAGAAGUUAAUCAUGCCAUUGGUGCUACUGGGGUCGUAAGCCAAGAAUGCAAGCUUGUAGUUUCUCAAUACGGAGAAACUAUUAUUCGGAUGCUUUUAGCAAGGGAUGAACCUCUAAAGAUCUGCUCCCAGAUUGGUUUGUGCGAGUUUGAUGGAUCACGAGGUGUUAGCAUGGGUAUUCAGAGUGUGGUGAACGAAAACAUUGAGAAAGCAGUUCGUGCUACCAGUGACGCAACAUGCAGUGCUUGUGAGAUGGCAGUUGUCUGGAUGCAGAACAAGCUUAAGCAGAAUGAAACACAGGAACAAAUCAUUGACUACGCAAAUGAUCUCUGUGAUCGAAUCCCCAGCCCAAUGGGAGAAUCAGCGGUUGAUUGUGGUGGCAUGUCUACCAUGCCUAAUGUUUCAUUUACUAUUGCUGGAAAGGUCUUUGACCUUACUCCGGAACAGUAUGUCCUCAAAAUUGGCGAGGGUGCUGCUGCUCAAUGCAUUAGUGGGUUUACAGCAAUUGAUGUCCCGCCACCACGUGGUCCUCUCUGGAUCUUGGGUGAUGUCUUCAUGGGCCGUUACCACACCGUGUUUGACUACGGCAACCUCAGAAUCGGGUUUGCAGAAGCCGCCUAGUUGAACUGUUUCUAACGUUGCUUCAGCUCCGGUGACAACCUUCCUCGGUGUUUUUUCUUUUUCAUUUCCCCUAAUGCUGUGUUACCUUCCUCAAGACUAAACACUUAUCUGAGUGCCACAUGCUUUGUAUAUAUUUGGGUUCCGCCGGAAGACUGAGUAGUAUGUUGCAGGGCUUGACUAUGUACGCCUUGAAAAACCGACUAAUGUGGAUGUGAACGCUCACAAGUUAUUUGAGAGGGCGGAUGAUAUGCUACUAUCCAGGAAUUAUGCGAGGCCUGUUGUCCUGCCUGGUGUUUGUGUAAUGUAAUGUAGCUAGCUGGGUACUUUCUCUUGAUAACUUCAGAACUUGAGCACACCUCUCUGCUUAAUAAUGACUCGGCAACGUGCUUUGUGAUGUUCGACUGAGAUGGCAUUACGGAUUGGAUUAAAGCCAUUGUUCUGUUGUCGCCAUAAACUCUCUGCAUAUUAUAGUCCGUGUGUUGCUACUAAGAAUGACAAGUGUAUAGGGGAAGAGAAUAGCGUGUGAAAUGGAUCUGGGUGUCCUCUAGAAAUGAAGAACUUGCGAAAGGGUCAUACAGAACCGAGGAAGGAAACAUACAAAACAAAAUCCAGCUCCAGAUUUGUGUGUUAACUACCGCAGAAGUAGUAGAAGCUAGGAUAUAGUAAGGAUCCCUUGCCAUCAAGAGGUGCCAAUUGGCAGCACGUCUAGCCAGCUCCCAAAGAAAAC